AUGUCGCAACCCACCGGCGUCACGCAGCACAAGGCCUUGAUAGCUGAUUCUCCACAGAUUCAUCAGACUGGCGGCAUCGUGGGCCAGUUGCAGCUUUCCCCGGAUCGAGCGCCAGAUCGGACCGAGAAGCAGAAGCGGGUUCAAUCAGAAGCGGGUUUCGGCGUGCAGGCAAAUCACUGGCGUUCCGUCCGCAGAAAUCCAGCCCGCUCAACACAGGGACUGCCUGGGCCCGUCCAAGGACUGUCGGUCUUGACCUGCAAGACGGUUUGGAAUGGCUGCCACGGGCAGGACAAGACGGCCGCUUUCGCUGCGGCCAGCACGGGCGGCAAGAAGCCGCAAAGGAGCCGGGAAGCAGCCAUUGGACCGAUCAGCAGUGCAUGCCAUUAA